AUCCCAUCUCUCUGUUCUUCAUCACCGGUUCUCGAGCAUUAAUCCAAACUCCCGUGCGUGCCCUGAUGCGGACGGGAGUUAAUGGACCCAUAUGGCCGUCACCUUGGAGUGACCGGCCACCGGGCCCCAGAUCGGGCUCGAGCAGCCAGGAUUUCCAGUGGAAGGCCGGAUCUGGCUUAUUUAUAGGAGCCCGAGCGAGGCAGUCCUGCCCCAACACCAGGUCGAGUUGAAACAACGUCAUUGCAAAAGCUGCGAGAGAGAGGGAGGUGGAGAGGACCAGGGAAUUGAGGAGCGUGUGUGUGUGUGUGAGGGAGAGAGGCUACUGAGGGUGAAGGCUGGCGAUCGCGGGGGCGAUGGCGACAGCGGCGGGCGGGCCGGGGUCACCGGUGGGCGCCACUGGGGCGGCGCCGGAGGUGGCGGCGAGGGACGCGGUGAUCGGGUGGUUCCGCGGCGAGUUCGCGGCUGCGAACGCGAUGAUCGACGCGCUGUGCGGGCACCUGGCGCAGAUCGGGGGCGGGGCCCAGUACGAGCCCGUGUUCGCCGCGCUCCACCGCCGCCGCCUCAACUGGUUCCCCGUCCUCCACAUGCAGAAGUUCUACCCCGUCGCGGACGUCGCCGCCGAGCUGGGCCGCGUGGCGGACGCGCGUGCCGCUGCGGCAGCUGCCGCCCCCGGCUCCUGCUGCUACUCGGAGGAGGAGGCUACGUCCACGGUGAUCCACGAACCCAUGGAUGAGCUCGCCGCCACCCUCCACACGGAGCCCGAGCCCGCGUCGGAGCCGGAGCACGACCAGGAUCCCGCACCGCUGGAUCCGGCUGCGGCAGCCGAGGACCCUGACGGCGCCGUCAACCACGCCGUGGACCACGAGCAUGACGCGGAAGUAGAUUCCUCCGGAGAUUCGUCGGAACGGAAGGCCGCCUCCACGGAAGACGACGCCGUCGCGGACGGACCAGAUCAUACUGAUCAAGGAUCUCAAGGGGAACACAGCCUACCAGAGAGCUAUCCCAUCUGCUCUGACCACGAGGAGUGCAUUGCCCGUCCCGAGAGGAUCAAGAUCCAGAAAGGUUUCGUGGCAAAGGAGUCCGUGAAGGGGCACAUGGUUAACGUUGUGAAAGGUUUGAAGAUAUAUGAAGAUGUGUUUACAACAUCGGAGAUCAUGAAAGUUGCAGAUUUCAUUAAUGAAAUUCGUCAGGCCGGCAGAAAUGGAGAACUUUCAGGUGAGACCUUCAUAUUCUUCAACAAGCAGAUCAAAGGAAACAAGAGGGAGAUCAUUCAGCUCGGUGUCCCAUUAUUUCAACCUACCACAGAGGAAGCUAUUUGUCACAUAGAACCAAUCCCCCUUGUCCUGCAGGCUGUCAUUGACCAUCUUGUUCUUUGGCGUUUAAUACCAGAAAGCAGGAAACCAAACAGUGUCAUCAUCAACUUCUUCGAUGAGGAUGAACACUCGCAACCCUACUUCAAGCCUCCCCAUCUGGACAACCCCAUUUCCACCCUUCUGCUGUCUGAGACCACAAUGGCAUUUGGCAGGUCACUUGUCACUGACAGCAACGGCAACUACAAGGGACCUCUCACGCUUUCACUAAAGCAAGGGUCUCUCCUAGUUAUGCGCGGGAACAGCGCGGACAUGGCGCGCCACGUGGUGUGCCCGUCGUCAAACCGCCGCGUGAGCAUCACGUUCGCGCGGGUGAGGCCGUCCACGCCGGUGGACCUCAGCCCGCUGCCGUCGCCCACCAAGGCCAUGACGCCCUGGCAACAGCAGCCGGCCCCGGCGCCCGUGUGCAUGGCGCAGAAGCCCCCAGGCGGCGGUGCCAUCAUCGGCUACGCCCCCGCGCCACAGGCCGUGCUCGCGCCGGCGGCGUGGGGCAUGGCCGUGCGCGCGCCCGUCAUGAUGGUGGCCGCGGCACCCGCGAGGCCCUUGGUGAUGGCCUCUUCCGGCACCGGCGGCGGCGGCGGCAACAUCAGCAAGCGGAUUGGCCGCAGCGGCACCGGCGUGUUCCUGCCGUGGACGGUCGGGCCGAAGCGGUACAACAAGCACCUCCCGCCGCGCAUCCAGAAGCGCCGGUUCUCGGCUAUGAUGUCGCAGAUCGAGGCGCAGGGCUGAAGGCCCGACCUCGCCUCGCCGUGGAACCUAACGGCCGAGUAUGUGCCACUCAGCGAUCGUUCGUAGGGUUUCAUAGAGCAUUUUCCCCGUCUUCCGAGGCAAAAAAAAAAAAAAGUCAAAACGCGCGGGGAGUUGAGUUUGGUCGUGUUGGACGUCCGUCCUGUGUAUUUGGUGACCGCUGUGGUGCUUUCUAGUGGGUUUUAGUUUUGGUUUGCCUGUAAUUUAGCUGGGUUUGGAAUACCGAGCAUAGCUCAGGUGGCUUGGUAGGAGAUUGUUCGUCUAGCCUGUUUAGGUUGGAUCCUGGAUCACAACCUAGGCGUUUCAUAUCUGCGGAAGGGUUUUCCUUUCUGUAUUCCCUUAAAAAAAUUAGCUGGGUUUGUGGGCGUGUGAGUAUCGGAGUUCAAAACCAGUAGAAGAGUAUUGGUAGGGAUAGGUGAGGUCAGGAUCAGGACAGGGUUUUCUUUUCUUUUGUUUAUUUUUUUCUUUUCGUUCCGACAAAGAACUGGAUGGAUGGAUGUUGCCAUGCAUGCUUGUCCUGCUGAGUUUGCAGUCCUACAUAGGUAAAAAGAUGCAUCUUGUGUUGCACACUUGUUUGAUUGUUC